AUGGCUGAACAGAUCGCUAGAAACGCCAAUCAAGCGUUUGGGAUUCUCAAAACGCUUUCCAACGAAGAAAGAUCCAGCGCAUUAAAGGAGAUCCACGAUGCAUUGAACGACGCAAAGGACGAAAUCUUAGCUGCAAACAAAGUUGACAUGGAAGCAGCAGAGAAGAACAGCUUAUCAUCGUCUUUGAUUAAAAGACUAGAUUUAUCCAAGAACGGCAAGUACGAAGCCAUGUUGCAAGGUAUUCUUGACGUUGCUGCUUUGGCUGAUCCAGUCGGAAAGACCACCUUGGCGAAAAAGUUGGACGAAGGCUUGAACUUGUACAGAGUUACUGCUCCACUUGGCGUUUUGCUCAUAAUCUUUGAAAGUCGUCCUGAAGUUAUCGCCAACAUUUCUGCACUUGCCAUCAAAUCAGGCAACUGUGCCAUUUUGAAGGGAGGGAAAGAGUCUUACCAGACAUUCAAGGCCAUCAGCUCUGUCAUUAACAAGACCCUCACAGAAAAGACCCAAGUUCCAGAAUGUGCCAUCCAGCUCAUCCAGUCUCGUGAAGAAGUGGGUGACUUGUUGGCGCAAGACAAGUACAUCGACUUGGUCAUUCCAAGAGGAAGCAACGCCUUGGUCCGCAACAUCAAGGAAAACACCAAAAUCCCUGUUUUGGGCCAUGCCGAUGGUAUCUGCUCCAUUUAUGUUGACAAGGAUGCAGACUUGGACAAGGCCUGUCGUAUUGUUGUGGACUCAAAGACAAACUACCCUGCGGGGUGCAAUGCUGUUGAGCAAUUGUUGAUUCACAAAGAUAUUGUUUCUGACAGUGCCAAGUUGGAAAAGCUCUUGUCUAGCCUCACAGAUGCCGAAGUAACGCUUCAUGUUGUUGAGGAGAUCCAAAACAGCUUGUCCGAUAAAGUGAACCCCAAGUUUGUCGUUGCAGCUGACAAAGACUCAUUUGACAAGGAGUUUUUGUCGUUUGACAUUGCCGUCAAGCCUGUUUCUGACGUCAACGAAGCCAUCUCGCAUAUCAACGAGCAUUCAUCAAAGCACACGGACUGUAUUAUUUCCGAGAACAAAGAGGCCGCAGAUACCUUCUUGAAAGGUGUGGAUUCUGCUGGGGUAUAUUGGAACUGUUCCACCAGAUUUGCCGACGGCUUUAGAUAUGGAUUUGGUACCGAAGUGGGCAUCAGUACGAACAAGAUCCAUGCAAGAGGUCCUGUCGGGUUGGAAGGAUUAAUGAGUUACCAGUACCAGUUGAAGGGAAAUGGCCAUAUUGCCUCAGAAUACGUGGGUGCUGGUGGUUCAAAGGUGUUUGUUCACGAGGACAUUGCAUACUAA